AUGCGAGGCGUGUGGUGGAGCGCAUUCGCGCUACUGCUGGUUGCAGUGGUCGUCGGUGCCCUUCGAACUGCACAGGUGGAAGGUGCAUCACGAGUCAGCAGGCGGUUUCCAAACUCUGACAGAAAUUCUACCACCUUAGAUAAACCAGAAGAUGCACCACCCGUAUAUAGAUCAAGAGUUACCAGGAGACGAGAGGAAGUUCCUCCACGUGACAUUUCAAGAACGAAAAGCAGAAGCAGACAUGACGUCACAUCUUCAACUACAGAAACAUCUCAACUCCAAACUGUACGAAACGAGCGAUUCGAUUUGCGAAGACAAAACACAAGAACGCGGAGCAGACCUACUAUUAAUGAAGAAAAUUUUGAUACUACAGUGAACAGAGACAUUCAGUCAAGAAAUCGAUCUCGACAAGUUAACAGACCUGCUAUAUCUCAAUCAACACAAGCUCCUUUACCUAAUACUACACCUACAUCUUCAACUAAAAGUGAAUAUAUCGAUUCCGCUUUUAAUGACAUAGCCAGAACCUCGCCAAAAGAAGUAAACGAUCCCAAUAGUCAAUUUAAAAGAAGAAGUUCAACAGCUCGUAUAAUAGAAGCUACUACUGCUCGAGCCCGCAAUCGCAUUAACACUCGAACAAAUUUACGGGCACUAGAUUUAGAAGUUUCAGGAACGGCUAAUACAGUAACAACGUCUCUUAAAGAACCAACAACGGCAAGAUCAAGUGACCUUAGAAACUCAAGAAAAUUAAGAUACAAAACUAGACAAUCGGAAGUUGAUUCCAAUUUAACUGGUGAAGGAUUAGCACCUUUGAACGAAGUGAAAUCUAGUCAAAUAAGAGAAAAUAUUGCUAGUCAAGCAGGAUUAAAGUCGUUUUCUCGAUCAACCACGGAAAAACUAAUUAGACAAACGACUGAAAGAGUUUCUAAAACUAGCACUAUAAAGACAACAAAGGUUGUAAAGAGACCAAUUUCCAGAAGGAAAGUAAUAACACCUAUAGCCACAGCUAAGGUAUCAGAAGAAAUUCAGGAAGACGAUAACUAUCCUGAAACUUUUAAAGCAUUAAUUCAAGCUAAAAAUGCAUCGACACAAGCGAGCUCUCCACCCAGCGAGAGUUUGUCAGUGAAAGCAUCACAAAAAGUCUUUAAUACUUACACAACAUCACCACAAUCUAUCCUCACGGCUCCUGAUACAGAAAAGCAAUCUCUGCUUCGCAGUAAAAUAAAAUUAGAAGAAAAUAAAAAUGAAACUAAUAGUAAUGAUACUGUACAAGAGGAAACUACACAAUCUCCAACACAACCUAAGCCUAAAUCUGUAGAAUAUCGUCUAAGAGGAUCGUAUGUGCCAAGAAGUAAAAAAUCCAGCUCUAUUUCGACUUCAACAAUUUCUACAACUUCUUUUAGACCAGUUACUCAAAGACCUUAUAAAUAUAGUAGGAAACAGAAAAUAGUUACAACAGAGAUACCCGAAGUAGAUAACUCGUUAAAAAGUAAACGUCUAGAAAGUAAUAAUAAUUUAUUUAAAAAACCUGUAUUGCGCUCGUCUUUAUAUUCAAGAAGAAAUCUUCCAAAAAACGUUAACGUAAGCUCAGAAGUUCCUAAAAUCAUAGAAAUAGAUAGAAGUGAUAAGAGCCCAACCUUUAAGCCUAAACAAAUACUACCGAGGACUUCUUAUUACUCUAGGUUAAAAAAUAAAACGGAAAGUAAAAAUCCAACAACUGAUGCAAGUAUUCAAGCCGUCACAGAAGAAAUAAAAAUAGCUGAAAAAAAAGUGGAAAACACCGCCGAGAUACCACUAAUUUUUACAAAUUCGAAUAGUGCCGCAAAAAUUGAUGGGAACAGUGACAAAGACAAUGAACUUAAAAAUGAAAAUCAAAAUUUUAUCAUCACAGUAAACAGUAUGGAAUCCGUAGAAAAUAGUACGGUCAAUGAAAUAAUCAGCAAAGCUGACGACAAUGGAACUAAGCCUAUCAAUAAUAUCAUAAAUACAACACAAAAAUAUCAUGCAACUUACAAAGAUACUAACAAAGACAUUUCAUUGCAAAAUAGAGAAGUAAUUACUCCUCCUAUAAGAAAUAUUCAAACAAGAAAAUAUGGACGAAAACCUUCAAAACAUAGAGAAGAAAUUUCAAUUGUCACGCCUAAAUCUACUGCGAGAAGCUUGAGAAAAUAUAGUGAUACAUUUUCAAAGACAACGGAGCCCUCAUCAAAUGGCAUAAUAGGUGAACCAGACAAAGCUAAAAAUAAAUUUAGUUCUAAAUACAGAGCAUCAUACCUUGAUAAACCCUUUUACAAACCCACUGUACCCACAAUCACACCAACAACUGUAGUGGGAGAAGAAAUUCAGUUAGGGCCAGACAUGAAUGCAAUAUCUUUCACUAAAUCACGAAGUCCACUAACUUCAGCUGACCUCAGACUUUCCGAGAGCCUGGCCAAAUCAUUACAAGUUAUGAAUGUUGAGGCAUCACAACAUUCACCUUCAGUUACAGUAUCAAUAUUUGAUGCUUUAGCUGAAAUACUUACGUCUACACCUAAGCCUCGUAUUUCCUCAACAACAGAAGUAUUGCAAUUUCAAAACACUAAUAACGAUGUAAAGCAAACACUUGACGGCGUGAGUAAUAAUAUUAAUGUAAAUAGUGUAAAAGACUUAACUAGUCAAGACACAUUUAUGACAACGGACGUUAUAACCACCAUUGCUAAAACUGUACAAACCACUGAACAGUCUACGCCAAAUGUGUUUAACCGAAUGCCGGUUGAGGGAACAAUUACACCAUCACAAAAUAUUGAAGCUGGAUCAACUUCUCCUGUGAAUACACCCCAAACAUUCCCACCUCCUACUUCCCCACCUACAACACCUCUAUCCGCAAGGAGACCAUUUGCCAUAAAAGUGUUAUACGCAGAUACCGAACGAACUACUGACAAAACGACUUCUGUGACUACUACGAUUCAACCGACGACUGAAACCUCUACAAGGGUAUAUAACACAGUAUCUGAUCUUAUACUAUCUAAUAACAAAAUAGUUUCUCCUGAGCUAACUAGCAUGCUAUCGAAUAAUAUAAAAAAUAUUAUACAAAAUAUGGACGAGGAUAGUAGAGCUAGGCUUUCGGUAGAUAUGGUUAAAUUAUUAAAUACUUUGAUUCCCAAGUUAAAUAGAUCUUUAUCCAUGCAAGAUGACCUUGACUCUCUUCCUAAUACGACUCCUUACAGUUUGGAGGAUAUUAAAGAUACUGCAAAUAUUGAUAUAAAUAGCCAAGAUGAGUUUAAUCCUUUAGCUGAAAAUAUCCUCCAAAAUGUAGAUGACACAAAUAUUGUAAAUAGUACAAAAAUUGAUGCCUCAAUUCCUACAACUGUUACAACUCCCACUGUAAAUAGCACGUUUGCACUUGAGACUUCCGAUAGCACAAUCACACCUGCACCUGGAACUCAAGCUACGUCAUCUAUACAAAUUAUUACUGAAAUGCAAAUUUCAUCAACAGAAUCAAAUUCUAUUAAUUUAAGUAACUCAAUUAGCACAUUCUCUACUGCCGCUGCACCGAAUAUAGAAUUAACUUUGAGAUCUCCAGGGGCAGAUAUGAUUAUUAUGAAUAGCGAUUCUCGUACACAAUUAAAUAUGAAUACUGCUACUAACAAUCCUCUUCCAAUCCCAUUCAUAUCUAAUUUUGAAUUGAAUGACCUUAGUGAUGUGGAUAAAAUAAGUUUAACGGAAAUAUCGCCUGCUGUCCCGACGAAAUCAUUACAGGUAAAAGAAAUAGAAAAUAUUGACAAUAUACAGGACCCGAGUCAACUAUCGCGUUUACAGUUAUGGAUACUGUCAAAAAAAGCUCGAGUUUUAAAAAUGAUUGAAGAUAUAAUAAGAAAUCACAAUGACGAAAUUUCAAAUGCUCCGUUAACAGAAUUAGUUAAUGAUAUAAAUCAAAACAAAGUAUCUCUUUCUAGUCGUCUAAGUGAAAUUGUAAGCACAAUGGAUAUGACAACAACAACUAUUAUGUCUGACAUUAAUAAUGAAGACAGACUGACUUCUACUCCUGUGACCAAUACUGAAAUGACGACUCCCCCCACAAUUCCUUCUACCUCCUCUCAAACUGCAAUAGACCUAAUUACAACUGAAAAAACAGUUACAUCGACACAAACUGUGUCUGAAGUUAUAUUGACAACGACACCCGUGCCAUCUAACACUGCUUCUACUAUUGGAAUAAGCACUGAAACGUCAGCUUCUCAAUCUCUUAUUGAUACAACUGAUGAUGUAACUGAUGUAUCUGAUGCUUCUACUUCAACAGCAAUGGUUGAAACAAUAGCUGUUGAAACAAGAUUAGGAACAUCAAGCCUUGACAUUGUAGAAACAACCGAUUUAAAUGCAUCCAUUAUUCAGUCUACAACGUUAGGUAGUACUAUGACUACCACUUCUAAUACUGAAUCAGUGACAGAAAUGGGUACAGCUGAAAACAUUGUAGAAACAACUACUACAGCAGGUACUGAUACUACGCUUGCACCUGCGAGUGAAACAUUAUCUAAAAAUGUAAAUAAAUUUAGCAAUCAAAUCAACGUCAUCACUCCAUCGACUAUUCCGAAAAAAGAUUAUGUUAUAUUCGGGAUACUGCCUAACAACACCGUGGUACGUAAAGAUCCUAACGAUGACGUACUGGAAACAUUAACAGAAGCGAGUCCAUACAUCAUUUACGGCGUACUACCAAAUAACACAGUAAUACGAAAAUUUCCUAAUGGAACUAGAGUACCACGAAUCAUGCAAAAAAUUGACAUACUACCAAUUAGUCCAUGGAGCUUAAGAAAUCCAUAUAGCCCCAUCCAUAACAUUCCGGCCAUUGUCAGACCGCAGUCUAACCCUAUCCGAGUAUCCACUAAUACUGUGAUAUCCACAGACACCUCAAAUAACGGAACGGAAAACCAAUUAACCACCGACACUAUUUCCUCAUCGGCACUUAAUAUAAAAGAUAGCAGUUCAUUCGAUAUAAUUACCUCCACAAAUAAGUCGCCUGCUGAAAAAAGCACUGCCUCGCAUGUUUUGAGUUUACGCACAACUACAAUGUUACCUUCCGUUGACGAAAUUCUGCUUAAUAGUAUAUCUUCGGCUACUAAAGAGGAGAUGGUCAUAUCCUCAAUGACAAGUUCUACUAGCGAACCAAGAAUAUUAACACUGGAUAUCGAUCCGGAGACAAAACAAAUUCGCACGGAAAAGCCUGACGAUGGAAACGGAAAUGCAGUAUUUAAAUUUAUACCCAUAGACGAAGUAACAGUACCACCACACGAAUCUAAUGUAUUGAAGCUAGCUUCUACAAAAAUGCCUAAGUCUUCAGCAAUUAAAGAAAUACAAACAUCUACAACUGAGUCUGAACCUAGAACACAAUUACCUACGGAAAUGACUUCUGAAGCAACCAAUUUACCAUCAGAAUUACCUAUUUUAAUGAAUGAUAUAAGUACAGAAACUACCACUGUAAACUCACAAAGCUCACUACCGUCUACCACAAUGACAAUCACUUUACCACAUACAACAACUGAAACCACCUCGACACCUGUUACGGUUCCUCAAGCUACCUCUACAAUAAAUUCUCCAGAAUUAGUAGCAGCUUUUACUACGACCGCAGUUCCAACGACAACAAUUACUACUACUACUGCAGCACCGACGUCUACAACUGCAGUUCCAACCACUACAACUGCAACGCCAACGACUACCACUGUAACACCAACGACUACAACUGCUAUCGCUCCGGUUACUAUUCAAACUUCAACAUCCAAUAAUAUUUUAGAAACUGCCGCUUCUAAUCAAAAAGACGCUGAAUUACUCCAGUCGUUGCUACAACAAAUUGGACGUAAUCCUAAAAACUUAAAUGGCUUUAACAAUGCAAAUUUAGUUCCAAACAAUCAACAAAAUGAUAACGCACAACUACUACAAGCAAUUUUAACUGGAGGUGCCCUAAAUUUGGGUAAUAAUAGAAAUAGGCAACAAACUACAACAAUUCGGUCAAUCGAAGAUGAUAUUCGACAAUUUGAAGAAGACACAAAACUGUUGAAAGCACUUUUACUUGCUACAGGACGUAAUCCAGCUGAACUUAAUUUACCAAAUUUAGAUGCUAUACGAACAGUCACUACUACUGCUCCUAGUACAACAAGGCCGACAACAACUACUACUGCAUCUACUACUACUCCCCAAACUACCACAACUACCACCACUACUACGACGACUACUCUUGCUCCAACCACAACUACAUCAACAACUAUCGGUACAACAACAUUAUCUGUAAAUGAUGAUUUGAGAAAACUACAAGAAGAUACAAAGCUAUUGCAAGCGUUACUACAAGCUACUGGAAAUCAAAAUGCUGGUUCACCAAUCAUAUCUGGACUCACGUCAAAUAUUAGAGUAGCUUCAAAUCCCUUAACUACAUCAAUAGAAUCAAUUCCUACCACGCCUCUUAGUCUCCGUCCAGCAUUUACGUCGCGUCCAUCUCCUGUAUUUAAUAGUUUUACGCCUGGGCCUGUCACUGUGUCUACUUUACAGCCUGAACAAUCAAGCACAGAAGAUGUUAGAAUAUCAACUACAUUUCGACCUUUCACUGAAGGAUUAACAACUACACAAAACUUAGAUUCAUCAGCCACAACAACCCGGCGCUCCAAGGCUGCUCGGUUUCAAGUAACAACCGAAAUUCCUAGUACAUCAACUUUCUCAGAUGAAGAAGACUUAUUAUUUUUGAAAAACCUGAAAUCCGUUUUGAAUUCAAAAACAAAUGGAGAAGACCCUGAAACAGCACUUGCCAAUCGUGUUAUUGCACUUGCUGUAGAAAGAAGCUUGAAUGAAAUUCAAGGUGGUACACUUGAUGCUUCUACUACAAGCAGACCUAGUACUACGACUAGACCAACAACUACAAGACCACCCACUACUACUACACGCACCACUACAGACGUUUCUACGUUGAAUACACCUUCAAUAGAAGAUGAUAUAAAGCAGUUUGAGGAAGAUACUAAACUAUUACAGGCAUUGCUAAAGGCUACUGGACAAGAUCCUUCCAAAUUUAAUAUUCCAACAUUAAAUACUGCGAGACCAGUAGCUGAUAUUAAAUCUCCAAAUAACGCGGCGGUCCCUACUACAACUGUUAAACCUUAUGGAGCUAAAAUUGCAGUUAAAGAUGACUUAAAAAAUGAACAGGAUGAUGCAAAACUAUUACAAACUUUGAUUAAACUUCAAGAUGCACAAGAAACUACCACACAGCGAGGGAAAAUUGCAUUUACAGGACAGUCAUCAGAUGAAGCACUAAAAAAAUUAUUGCAACAAGCACAGCCUGCUGGUAUGGUAUCUGAAGCGACUAAAUCCUCAAUUUCAUUAAGCACAGAAUAUGGAAAUAGCAAUGAUGCGUUACUUGCUGCUUUACUGAAGGAACAAGGAUUUGGGCCGACAACCGCAAGUUCUAUUGAUGAGCAGCUUCGACUAGCUGCUUUACUCAACCAAGUCGUAGUGACGCCUAAAGCUAGACCAACUACGACACCACCACCUCCUCGAAGACCAAUAUUGGAUGGCCUCGCAUGGCUAUGGCAGCAGUGGAGGGAGACAGCCCCUGGUCCUGGUCAACCAAGACCAAAUAGGCGACCAGAAUCAACUAGACCUUCAAAUGCGCCAUCUGCAGCAACAAGUUCGGGAGUCAACUGGUUUGGCUCGGGGCCUUUCGUUGGUAACGCUGAUGAAAGGCCGACGUCAAACAGAAUUCCUUUGGAACCCCCGAGUGUAGUGACAUCAGAACAAGGCCCGGGUCGGGGGCAGUUGGUAUCUGCGGCCAUAAACGUCACAAGAGCUUUUUCGCAGUUCCUAGGCGCAGCGAUUCAGGGAGCAGCACAGACUGUGCAAAGUGUUAUACGGGCAGGGCAAAGAGUCGCGUCUGACGCAUACACUAACGGCUCAGGA